AUGUCUGGUAAAUCAGGCGACAGAGUUCAUACUGAGAAGCGUCACAGAGCACUGGAAGCAGCAGAUUUGCAGGGUAUCCCUCCUGGUAAUCUUCGAGAGUUGCUUAUUGCAUGUGCCAGAGCUCUCUCUGAACAAAAACUAGAUGAUUUUCAGGAAUUGAUUGAACAGGCUCGGAGUGCUGUGUCUAUUAGUGGAGAGCCUAUCCAGCGUCUUGGUGCAUACAUGGUAGAAGGGCUGGUAGCAAGGAAAGAGGCAUCAGGCACUGCCAUUUAUCAGUCCCUCAGGUGUAAGGUGCCAGAAGGCAAGGACUUGCUUUCUUACAUGCAUAUCCUGUAUGAAAUAUGCCCCUACUUAAAGUUUGGUUACAUGGCUGCAAAUGGUGCCAUUGCUGAAGCGUGCAGACAUGAAGAUCGCAUCCACAUCAUAGACUUUCAAAUUGCUCAGGGGACUCAGUGGAUAACACUCUUACAAGCUCUUGCAGCUAGACCAAGUGGCCCCCCUCAUGUGCGGAUCACAGGAAUCGAUGAUCCAGUUUCUAAACAUGCCCGUGGUGACGGUUUGGAGGCAGUAGGCAAAAGGUUGGCUGUGAUUUCUGCGAAAUGCAAUAUCCCAGUUGAGUUUCAUGCACUGCCAAUGUUUGCUCCAGAAGUCACAAGGGAUGUGCUGGGCGUAAGGCCUGGGGAGGCGCUGGUUGUAAAUUUCCCUCUGCAGCUCCACCACACCCCUGAUGAGAGUGUUGAUGUGAGAAAUCCACGGGAUGGGCUUCUGAGGAUGGUGAAGUCUCUUUCUCCCAAGGUGAUCACUUUGAUAGAGCAAGAAUCAAACACAAACACAGCUCCUUUCCUCCCUCGGUUCGUAGAAACUCUAGACUACUAUUUGGCUAUGUUUGAGUCAAUCGAUGUCACCCUGCAAAGGAACAGGAAGGAGCGAAUUAAUGUGGAGCAGCACUGUUUGGGUAGAGACAUGGUGAACAUUAUAGCUUGUGAAGGCAAGGAUAGGGUAGAACGUCAUGAGCUCUUUGGCAAGUGGAAGUCCAGAUUGACAAUGGCAGGGUUCCAACAAUAUCCUCUAAGCUCUUACGUUAACUCUGUAAUAAGGAGCUUGUUAGGGUGUUACUCUCCGCAUUAUACACUGGUGGAGAAGGAUGGAGCUAUGUUGUUGGGGUGGAAGGACAGGAACCUGGUCUCGGCAUCUGCAUGGCACUAA